AUGAAGUUAAUCUGCGGACACAUUGUGGAAAUGUCUAGGAUACUUGGAUGUAUGGCUGCUCUGUCAGAGCUACCUGCAAUCAGUCUGACAAAGCUGCUAAAUAUCCAGAAAUUCUGGGUGUUGGAUUACCAUGGGUGUAAAAUAAGUGACCCAUACUGCUGGCUUGAAGACCCUGAUAGUGAACAGACAAAGGCGUUUGUGGAGGCUCAGAACAAGCUCACAGUACCCUUCCUUGAGCAAUGUCCUGUCAGAGGACUAUUUAAAGAACGAAUGACGGAGCUCUACGACUAUCCGAAGUACAGUUGCCACUUCAAGAAAGGAAAAAGGUAUUUUCACUUUUACAAUACAGGACUGCAGAAUCAGCGAGUAUUAUAUGUACAAGACUCCUUGGAUGCUGAUGCCAAAGUUUUUCUGGAUCCAAAUAAGCUUUCUGAUGAUGGCACUGUGGCUUUACGAGGUUAUGCAUUCAGUGAAGACGGUGAAUACUUUGCAUAUGGCCUGAGUUCCAGCGGUUCUGACUGGGUUACUAUUAAGUUUAUGAAAGUGGAAGGUCCUGAGGAUCUUCCAGAUGUAUUGGAGAGAGUUAAAUUCAGUUGCAUGGCAUGGACUCAUGAUGGAAAAGGCAUGUUCUAUAACUGCUAUCCAAAACAAGAUGGGAAGAGUGAUGGCACUGAGACCUCGACUAAUCUCCAUCAAAAGCUGCAUUAUCAUGUACUGGGAACUGACCAAUCAGAAGAUAUCUUAUGUGCUGAAUUUCCUGAUGAACCAAAAUGGAUGGGUGGAGCUGAGGUAUCGGAUGAUGGUCGAUAUGUCUUGCUGUCCAUCCGAGAAGGGUGUGAUCCAGUGAACAGGCUGUGGUACUGUGACCUACAAACAGAGUCUCAGGGUAUAUCAGGAAUUCUUCAAUGGGUGAAGCUGAUAGACAACUUUGAUGCUGAAUAUGAAUAUGUCACCAAUGAAGGACCCCUGUUCACUUUCAAGACAAACCGCCAUGCUCCAAAUUACCGGUUAAUCAACAUCGACUUCAGCGACCCAGAUGAAUCUAAAUGGAAAGUUCUUGUCCCUGAACAUGAAAGAGAUGUUCUAGAAUGGGUGGCUUGUGUGAGGUCCAACUUCCUGGUUUUGUGCUAUCUGCAUGAUGUGAAGAAUGUCCUGCAACUUCAUGACCUAGCUACUGGUGCACAUCUCAAGACUUUUCCAUUAGAGGUUGGCAGUAUUGUGGGAUAUAGCGGCCAAAAGAAGGACACUGAAAUAUUCUAUCAGUUUACUUCCUUUUUAUCUCCAGGUAUUAUAUAUCACUGUGAUCUAACCAAAGAGGAACUGGAGCCAAGAGUUUUCCGGGAGGUGACCGUGAAAGGAUUUGAUCCUUCAGUUUACCAGACGAUUCAGGUUUUCUACCCUAGCAAAGAUGGUACUAAGAUCCCAAUGUUUAUUAUUCACAAGAAAGGAAUUAAAUUGGAUGGUUCUCAUCCUGCCUUCUUGUAUGGAUAUGGAGGCUUCAACAUCUCGAUUACACCAAGCUACAGUGUAUCAAGACUUAUUUUUGUGCGACACCUCGGGGGUGUUCUAGCGGUGGCUAACAUCAGGGGCGGUGGUGAAUAUGGAGAGACUUGGCACAAAGGUGGUAUCUUGGCCAACAAACAAAAUUGCUUUGAUGACUUCCAGUGUGCUGCCAAGUACCUUAUCAAAGAGGGCUACACAUCUCCAAGGAAGCUGACUAUUAAUGGAGGCUCAAAUGGGGGCCUCUUAGUGGCUGCCUGUGCUAAUCAGCGCCCUGACCUGUUUGGUUGUGCUAUUGCCCAAGUGGGAGUGAUGGAUAUGCUCAAGUUCCACAAGUACACGAUCGGUCAUGCUUGGACUACUGACUACGGUUGCUCUGACUGUAAAGAGCAGUUUGAAUGGCUUUGCAAGUACUCUCCACUUCACAAUAUCAAGCUACCAGAAGAAGAUGGCAUCCAGUAUCCCUCUACACUGCUUCUUACAGCAGACCACGAUGAUCGUGUGGUCCCUCUACAUUCACUGAAGUUUAUUGCUACUCUGCAAUAUGUUGUGGGCCGAAGCCGUAAACAAACCAAUCCGCUUCUCAUCCAUGUUGACACGAAGGCUGGGCAUGGAGCAGGAAAGCCAACUGCUAAAGUUAUAGAAGAAGUGUCAGAUAUGUUUGCUUUUAUAGCGCGAUGCCUAAAUCUUGAUUGGAUUGAAUAGGCAAAAUGCUUGUUACAGUCUCUUUUAGAAAACAAGGGCUUUAACACCAUUUAAGACCAACCAGACUACUACGUGGUGUAGUACUUACAUUUAAGAACUGCAGUUUCAUAUUUUAUUGAUCCAAUCUGCUAUGGAGUUUUGAUCUUCUGUGCUUCCCUCUUUUUAGCGUUUCUUUGAAUUUCUUUUCUACUGCGUUCCAAAGUACAUUUUAAAUAGCAUGUUCAAAUAAAUAGCUGAGCUACUGUCAGUGCUGUUGUGAACAGUUAGAUUCCAGAGUUUAGUGCUAGUUGGGCUUAUUUCAUGUAAGCAAUUUUAAUGUAUUUUGCACCUAUAAACAUAUCCAGAUCAUCUGUAAUUAAAUGUAAGUACUGUCCCCGUACUCUGAGCAUACUUUUAUUUACACAGUAAUUUAUUUAAGAAUGUAAAUUGAAAAGGUUCAGUGAUAAGCAUGAAAUACUGAAGAGCAGGUAAUCUGGGUAAUUAAGUCAAACACUAUUGAAAAGCUUAUAUUUCAUGUUGUUCAUGACAGUAUAUUACCGUCUGUAAUAAUGAUGUUGCUAAAUUGUUUUUUCUUUCCAAAGAGGCUUCCAAAUGUCCCCAAUUUUCCUUCAUUUAUUUCCACAUAGAAUAGAAAUUGGAGGCUGGAAAACUUAAAGAAUUCUUAGAAUCUCACUGUAAUCUUUGUCAAAUUGCACAGACACUCUUAACUAUUGCCUGUCUACUGCUAGCUCUUUAACUAUUUCUCAACAGCAGACCAGACAUGGGUAAAAAAAACAGACCAGAUUGUUAAAUUCGGUUUUUCCUCAUGCUUUUUACAGAAUGUUCUAAAACAAGCCAAAAUCCGAACAUACAUGUAAUCUGCUUCUGGCUGCAGAACAGCAAGAGCACAUAGUCAGAUUCCAUAAUGAUUUGACAGACACACAGGAUUUGAACUGCCAUUUCAUAUCUUUCCCAUCUAGGCUGUAAAGCUAUUAAGUAGAUGUGAAUAUUUGCUUUUAAGCUGCCUGAACUGCAGUGCAGUGCUGCAAUUAGCUUUUGAUUUUGCAAAGCAAAAAGAUGUUCUACCAAUUAUUAGUAGUCCUGUUGCCCCUCCAGAAAACACUAUCAUUUCUCAGUGUUGGAUAACCUAAUAGUAUACUUUUCCAGAAUCAUGCUUGUCACAUUCAUACUCAGACCCUUAGGCUGUAUUUUAACUCUGAGCUCAGAGUUUUAUGUUUAAGUAAGCAGUAUCUCAGCCUGGGAAGAGGAGGAAGUGGUGUCUAAAGAGGAGCAGGCUGCUGUUUAUUUGUACCGGAUUUACAUUAUGUUUCUUUCACACUGUGAGGCUUCUGCUGAUUCCCUCUACAAUCCAGGAAGGAUCAUUCCUCCCAGUCCCUAGUAAUUUGUAAUUUGAUUUCAGGAGGAAAAACAAGGAUUUCUGCUUUCCUAUGAAGUAUCAGAGAGUACCAUACCUAAACCCUGGAUGUGGCCUGGCGUGGGUUUGUAUUCCAUGCACAUUAUAGUUUCUUUCAGGUACCUUAUGGACUGAUGUGGCCUAUCACAGCAUUGAAUUAGACGAUCAGACCAGUAAGUUGAGAAGCGGGAGGUUUUUUCCCUCCAGGCUGUGCAAAUGGGGUUCAGGUUUUCCCCCUCCCCCCCGCAUAGUUCAGGGAUGUGAACUGCUUUCCGAGACAUCUGGGAAGUUUCAACAGCUGCCCUGCAAUGGCAGAAACAAAGCACACAAACCAUCUUUGCUUGUAGUAUCUCACAGUUGCCUCAUCUGGCCUUUUAUUGAAUGCUGUAAUAUCAUUAGAGGGCGGUAAUAGGAGCUUUGCAGGUUAGCGUGUGGAAAACCCAUUCUUUGGACCUUUGUGAAACAGGCAUGAAUUGUAUCCAUGCCUUGGAUGGCAGAGACUGUGACACAGCCUCCUCAGGCGUCCACAAUAAUCCACUUUUUUCCUGAAGUUUUGUGCUGAGCCGAGCUCCCUGAAUGACUCAGAAUCAGGUCAGAGGACCAGUAAUGUGAGGAGUUUGAAAACUGCCUGAGUGGCAAUUCAAAGUAGCAAAGGUGGAGCUGGUUUUGAGACACUACUCCCAAAAGGAGAAGAGUUCAAGAGCAUCCCUUGUAGAGUGCUGGUAUCUCAAUGAGAAAGGCAUUUUGUUUUCAUAACAAGGUCUUAAUUUUUACAUUUUAUUUGAUCUUCCUUGGGUAUGCCAAGUAGGGGAUUCAGGUGCCAAGAAAGGAUGCUGUAGAGCUGUACUUUUAGCUGAAUUGCUCCUUUCAGCACAGAAGUGUCAUGGCUCCAAGUAGAAACCAUAAUUAGCUCAGAGCAAGUAAUGCUCUUGUAAUAUAGCGGGAUUUAAACUUUCAGAGUUUGGAUUAGAUAUACUUGGAACCCUACCAUUUCUGCUAUAUAAAGCCAUAAUGAAAUCUCAGUUAAUCCGAUGUCAAGGUUAACUGCUUUUCUCUGCUGUUUCAUGGAGAGGCUCUGUAUUUUGUGCCUUUUACUUCAAGUGCACGAAGCAGAAUUCAUUAGGUGGAUACAGGACAAGGUAACCUCCUCACAGCAACUUUUUCAAAAAUCGUGUUUCAUACAAAAAUUGAUGCCAAUGUUUUGUGCCAAGACCAAAAACAGAAAAAUCUUUAAAGUCAUAUAGGAGGCUUAUGUUACAUGAACCAAAAUCUGUUUUUAAGUGGAAAUAAAAGAAUAAAUUUCUA